AUGGAGCCUAUUUACGGACAGAUAGCCAACUAUCCUCCUCAUUUUAUGGGUAAGAAACUGAUUCCGAUAAAGGAGCCCCGACCGGGCAGGAAUCUCGCUCUGCCUCUGGAACCGGAUGCCGAGAUGCUACCAGCUCACUACGAAGGAGUGAAACCUCCUGGAGUCGACCAUAUGGAAUUAAAAUACGCUGAAACACGGAUUGUAAAAGACGUUCCAAAGAUUCAACCUUCGAAAGCGCUUGCUCAGACUGGACGCGCUCAACAGUCAUCCGAAAAGCAAAGAUCAGAGGGUAAGAAUGAUAAAAACGAAUCUCAGAAGACGAUUUCUGUUGAGAUCAAAGAAACAGGCGAUGAUCUGAGGAAGAAGAAGAAAGUCGAGUAUGUCGAUGCUGCAGGAAGGAAGAAGGUUCAUGAUGAUCAUGAUCGCGUCUCGAAACAUCAUACAGAGAAGAGUAAGAGCGCAGAUGAUGUUUCUCAUGCAGGAAAGAGUAACGAUAAAGUGGACCGCGUGGCGACUGGUUAUCGCAACGUUUAUCAUAAGGACGAGUACAAGAAGAAUCACGAUUUCUAUGAUAACGAUGACCACGGUGGGCAUUCGAAGCAACACGGACGAUACAACGAAAGACACGUCUCCACCGAGGGUACGUUCAAGAAGGGUGACUCUCGUGGUGCUAGCUUCGACCAGGGCAAACUUCAGAAAGAGAAAGGGGCAGAGAACUCCGGGGCGAACGGAGAAACCAAAGGUCACGAUGGAUUUGUUUAA